CGGGCGGCGAUGCCGCUGGAGCAGGCGCAGGCCGCGCUGUACGUGGUGCUGGAGCUGGCGCUGGCCGCGCUGGCGGUGGCCGGCAAUGUGCUGGUGUGCGCGGCGGUGGGCGCCUCGAGCACGCUGCAGACGCCCACCAACUACUUCCUGGUGUCCCUGGCGGCGGCCGACGUGGCCGUGGGGCUCUUCGCCAUCCCCUUCGCCGUCACUAUCAGCCUGGGCUUCUGCACCGACUUCCACAGCUGCCUCUUCCUCGCCUGCUUCGUGCUCGUGGUCACGCAGAGCUCCAUCUUCAGCCUCCUGGCCGUGGCCGUCGACAGGUACCUGGCCGUGCGCGUCCCGCUCAGGUACAAGAGUUUGGUCACUGGGGCCCGAGCAAGAGGAGUCAUCGCCGCCCUCUGGGUCCUCGCCUUUGGCAUCGGCCUGACCCCGUUCCUGGGGUGGAACGGCAAAGACAGCGCCGCCAACUGCACGGAGCCCUGGGAGGGAACCACGAACGCCAGCUGCUGCCUGGUGAGGUGUCUUUUUGAGAACGUGGUCCCCAUGAGCUACAUGGUGUACUUCAACUUCUUUGGGUGCGUCCUGCCCCCGCUGCUCGCCACGCUCGCCAUCUACGCCAAGAUCUUCCUGGUGGCCCGCAGGCAGCUCCAGCGCAUGGGGCUCACGGACCACUCGAGGGCCGCCCUCCAGCGGGAGGUCCACGCGGCCAAGUCCCCGGCCCUGAUCGUGGGGAUCUUUGCUCUGUGCUGGCUGCCGGUGCACGCCGUCAACUGCGCCACGCUCUUCCAGCCAGCCUGGGCCAAGGAGAAGCCCAAGUGGGCCAUGAACACGGCCAUCCUCCUGUCGCACGCCAACUCGGUCGUCAACCCCAUCGUCUACGCCUACCGGAACCGAGACUUCCGCCACGCUUUCCACAGAAUCAUCUCCAGGUACGUCCUCUGCCGGCCGGACGUCCGCAAGCGUGGGGCUGGGCGGGCAGGGGCGCAGCCUGCUCUCCAGGUGGGCCUGUGACCUAGGCUCCGGCCUCUUCGAGGAGAAGGCACAGGUUCAGUAACAAGGGGACGCGGCGUGGCUGGCGGAUUCUCACCGGAAGGACAGCUGCCCCUCGCAGG